ACUUACAAGUGCAUGAAGGCAGGAGUUAAAAAUUGUACCGAGAGUGGAGAAAGUGGCCCCAUCAACAACACUAAGGUCAACGAGCGUCUUAACACAUAUUACACAGCUCUGAAAGCAGCAGAUCCACUACAUUGGAAGGACCGUGAUCUCGAUCCAGAAAUCAUGUACUCCUCCAUUGGUGGCAUGCCCCAUGGGCGACUAGCAAUAGGUGAUGGUGCUAUAAAGAAAGCAGUGGUCGUUGCAAAAGCUAGAGAGAAUGACACAAGGCCAUCAAACUCCAUAUCAUACCAUUGUUUAUUGAAGGAAAAUGCUCAACUUAAAAGGCGCUGCAAGAAUAAUUUUGUUCUGAGCAAACAUGUACCGGGGUUUUAUGGCAAGCUGGGAUGGGAAGUACCCGAAGAUCUUCUUGCCUACCAAGAUGAGCUGAUGGAUGGCGGUGAUCUGAUGAAUGAAACACCCCAAGACCAAGAAGAUGGUGGUACUCCAAUGACAGACUCUUCAGAUGAUGAAAGGCAUGUUGAUGCUGGUACUCAAAUGGAUGAUCAUGGUUCUGGUCCAACACAUGAAAAUCAUUUAGGAAUGCCAUAGUUAUAAUUAGUGCUUGUAUUGGUAACUAUGUGCACGGACCCUUCUAUUUGUCAAUCGCUACUACUGAUGGAAAUUUAGGACUCUAGUAUGUCUUUGGGUCUGGCUAAUAACUAGUGUUAAGUUGAGCUUUUUGGUAAUUACGCGAAUCUGGUGAACAUGGAGGUUUGUGUAAUGGGUAUAUAUUGUGAGCUAUGAAUGGGAUGCCAUCUUAAACUAGGCUAUGUGACCUUUGUUUGUGCAUGAAUAUUAAUUGUUGUACCACAAUUGGCUGUGAAUUUCAUUAAUUCAAUAUUAUUUUGAUUUU